AUGGGACUUUUGGCGAUUUCAAAGGCUUAUGAUAACGUUGCCCUCAACAAACCAACAUACCCGCAGUACACCAGUAGAGUUGUGGACGGACGUAAAUCUAACCCGGGCUUGAAUGAAUGUACUCUAACAGGUCACGGAACAACCGUCACCUGGUGGGUGAACCUGAUAAGUAUCCACAGUAUCCAUCACAUCAAUAUCUACUUCAGGACGGACAACUCUGAUUCCACGUUUCGGACGUACAUAGCAAGAUAUUUACUUGGAUUCUCUGUGUAUGUCUCCAACACCACGGAUAGAUCACAGGGAACCUUGUGUUUCAAGGAUGACAACUUCACAAUAAACACAAUACCCCCUGUCUUCACAACAAACUGUUUUGUUCAUGGACAAUAUGUCAUCUACUACAACACGAGACGACAAGGAGUUGUCUACCCUGACGAUUAUGAUAUAUUUGCUGCCACUUACCUCUGUGAAGUAGAAGUGUAUGGAUGUCAGAAAAGAGGGUUUUGCGGAUCUAACUGCUCCAUUCCCUGUCCAGAUGUCAACUGUCAGUACUGUCACAUAGAGACGGGCUAUAGCCAGUGUUGUAAACCUGGGUACCAAGGUUAUCAGUGUGAAUUAGCAUGCAACAGAGGAUUUUUUGGUGUUGACUGCAAUGAAAAAUGUGGACAAUGUCGUGAAAUAUACCACUGCCACCAUAUACGUGGUACAUGUUCACUUGGAUGUGCUGCUGGAUAUCAGGGGGCCAUGUGUAAAGCAGGAUGUGACAAAGGAUCAUAUGGUCUUCAAUGUAAAGAAACGUGUGGACACUGUCGUGAUAUCAACCAAUGCUCCAAUGUCAAUGGCUCUUGUCUAACUGGAUGUGAUGCUGGUUUUAAUGGAGAAUUAUGUGAAACACGCUGUGACAAAGGUGCAUACGGCUUUGAUUGCAAAGAGAAAUGUGGAAACUGUCGUGAAAUCGGCCAAUGCGUUCAUACAAUUGGAACCUGCUUAACUGGUUGUGAUGAUGGUUAUCAAGGAGACUUGUGUAAAACACAAUGUGACAGAGGAUGGUAUGGUAUUGGAUGCAAUGAAACUUGUGGAUACUGUCGUGAUGUAAAACAAUGUUCCAAUGUCAAUGGAACUUGCUUAACUGGAUGUGAUGCUGGUUUUAAAAGGGACUUGUGUAAAACACAAUGUGACAAAGGAUCGUAUGGUAUUGAAUGCAAUGAAACAUGUGGACAAUGUCGUGAUGAAAACCAAUGCUCUCAUAUCAAUGGGACUUGCUUAACUGGAUGUGAAGUUGGUUUUAAAGGAGACAUAUGUAAAACAGAUUGUGAGAGUGGUUCAUACGGCGUUGACUGCAACGAAAUUUGUGGAAACUGUCUCAAUGAAAGUCAAUGUUCUAAUAUCAAUGGAACAUGCUUCACUGGAUGCAAUGCUGGCUACGAGGGUGACUUAUGUAAAACAGAAUGCAAUAGAGGAUCUUAUGGAUAUGAAUGCAAUGAAACAUGCGGGCACUGUAGAAACAACAGCUACUGCUUUCCGAUUAAUGGUACUUGCUUAUCUGGAUGUGAUGUUGGCUAUGAAGGAGCCUUAUGUAAAACACGUGAGUAGGCAAUUUAGAGGCAUAUAAUUCAAUUAACAUAUGUGUUCUUUUGUUGCAACAUUUUCAGAUCUUAUUAUCAGUAUAAAAAAAUUACAAUAUUAAAGCAAAAAUACUAUAUAUAUAUAUUUGUGUCUGUCGACAUAUAGUUCAUGUAUGGAAAUGCAUAUUUUAAUUUCUAAUUACGGUUUGAAACGAAGGUGCAUACUAGACACAAGUGAGUAGAAUAAAAAGUGAUUACAUCAUAAUAAAUUCUUUGAUUAAAGAAACAA